CAAACGCGGCAGAGCAAAUAGCGGAGAAAACCGGGUUCAGCUGCAACCAAAGCGGAGUCUGAAGGGAGUAGCGAUGCUCGCUUCUUUCCGAUUCUCUGCCUCUCCUCAAGCCACUGCAACGGGAAUACCAAAGACGUCACCGGUUCUUUGCUCCAUCUCCUCUUCUUCUCCUCCCACCAUCAAAAACUUCAACUUUACUCUUCCCACUAGAAGAGCAGCUCUUUUCCUUGCUUCUUCUCUCACCUCUUCUCUGCUCCAAUUCCUCGCCCAGUCCCACUUCGCAAAAGCCCUAGAGAAAGACGAACCCCAAGAAGAAGAGGAAAGAGUUGUACGGAUCUUUCAGGAGUCCUCCCCUGCUGUGGUCUACAUAAAGUAUUUGGAGGUGCAAGAGAAAGCUGGGAAGAACAAGGGAAACAACAUCAAUGGUUCGGUUGAAGGAGAAGAUGAGGAUUUAGGAGAUGCAAAGGUCGAGGGAACAGGCUCUGGGUUCGUUUGGGAUGAAGUUGGGCAUAUUGUUACAAAUUAUCAUGUUGUAGCUAAAUUGGCCACAGAUACAACUGGUCGAUAUCGUUGCGGGGUUGGUAAGAAUGAUUAUUAUUUAAGGUUUUCUUUUCAAGUUUUUCUUGAAGGUUCAAAUGGGAGAACCUUUGCAAAGGAAGGAAGGCUUGUGGGCUUUGAUCCUUCUUAUGAUCUUGCUGUUCUAAAGAUUGAUAUUGAUAGGGACAAGCUAAGACCGGCACAGAUUGGUACGUCGCAAGAUCUGCGAGUGGGUCAGAGCUGUUUUGCCAUUGGGAAUCCUUUUGGAUAUGAGCACACUUUGACAACAGGGGUAGUAAGUGGUCUACGAAGGGAGAUACCUUCUCCAAAUGGAGGAGCAAUUCGUGGAGCCAUACAAACAGAUGCAGCUAUUAAUGCUGGGAACUCUGGUGGCCCUUUGAUUGACUCUUAUGGUCAUGUUAUUGGAGUUAACACAGCAACAUUCACACGAAAGGGAUCAGGCAUUUCUUCUGGUGUCAACUUUGCCAUACCAAUUGAUGCUGUUGUUCGCAUUGUCCCUUCCCUCAUCAUCAAUGGAACUGACAUCAAAAACAGGUGAUUUCAAGAAAAAGUUUGUUCAUGAUAGAUGCAACUUACACAA